UCAAAAUAAAGGUUGCAUUUAAUGCCCAUGUGUUCUGAGCUGAGCGUUCCGCUUUAAGACUUUUAAUUUUUGCAAAGCAGAAUUGAAGUUUGUCUUUUUAAAUUUAAUGUUAAGCAUAAAUAAAAUGUUAUAUUAACCAAAAAGGGACAUUAUUAGCAGUAAUGACCUGCCCUGCUGAAGAAGAGGACCCGUUCCCAGCAGACGACGGUCUUUUUUCAGAGACUUUUUCUCAAGAGGUUGUGUACACGCUGAUGAGCGAGCAGCUGAAGAUCACGCAGGUGUUCGGCGCAAACCUCGGCGUGGCCGCUCCUGUCUGGGAAGCUGCUGUGCAUUUAUGUCGAUACUUGGAGGAUCAGUCGGUCAACCUGAAGGGAAAGCGCAUCAUAGAGCUGGGAGCGGGAACUGGACUGGUGGGAAUUUUGGCUGCCCGUCUGGGUGCAGAGGUGACGCUCACAGACCUCCCUCUGGCUCUUCCUCAGCUUCAAGCCAAUGUCUCGGCCAACACUCCAUCCGGUGGCUGGCCUUCAGCUGAGCCAGCUGUCCUCCCUUUGUCCUGGGGCGAGGACCACCUAGACUUCCCCUCUGACUGGGAUCUGGUGCUCGGCGCAGACAUCAUUUAUCUCCCAGAGACAUAUCCGCUUCUGGUGAAGACGCUAGCUCAUUUGUGUAAAGACGGAGCCGUCGUGUACCUGUCAUCUAAAAUCCGUAAAGAGCAUGAGGCUCAUGUCUUCUUCGAGCAGUACCUACCGAGCAGAUUUCAUGUCAUUCUCGUUCAUAGAGAUGAAAAGCAGAACAAUAACAUUUACAGGGCGUGUCUAAGGACAGAAGAGUGACAGAGUGACCCAACAGGACAGCAAUGAGGCAGAGAGAGCCCACCUUUACCUGUCCGGCUGAUGAUAAUUGAAUCUCUUUAUCCUGUCAGAACCAAAAUACUAAGAAAAAAAACUGCAGCUUAGAGAUCAUACAGACUCCAAACAUAUGGCAAACCUUUCAAAUCGAUAUAGUUGAUAUCAGGCUGUUUUAAGCCUAACUAGUAAUGUCAAAAGUACAACUAGUUAACUAGUGACAGCCCAAAAUCUGAACAAUUUUCAUUGUUUUACAUAUUUUACUAAUCUUUAUUUUAUUGAAUUUGCAUGUCAUUACUUGACAUUCAUCUUGUUUAUAUCGUUUUGUAAAGGUAAAACUGAGUUUACUUAAAAACUAUUCAACUGAUUUUCACAAUUUUUAAGCUGUGAACUGUUUUUCUGUUUGUCUUUUGUUGUGGAUUAUUUUUGUCCAGUGAGUGUAAAUAAAAUGAAGAAAUCUUUGA